CGCAUGUGACGUAGUAUUUCUUGUGCGGGAGUGAGCGCUGAGCAGCUCUUGUAUGGGUAAAGUCAGAGCAGGGGAUUUGUGGAUCACUCGUCCAACUAGUGAGCGGUUGUCUUGAUUGAGAUCAUUGAGAAAUGUCGGGGGAAAACGAAGAAACACAGGCGGCCGAGGAGACAUCGGUAGACGAGAAGGAGGUGCAGGACAAGGUGAUCAGUCCUGAGAAGGCAGAGGAGGCUAAGCUGAAGGCCAGAUACCCAAAUUUAGGAAAUAAACCCGGAGGCUCUGAUCUGCUUCGCAAACGCCUGCAGAAGGGGCAAAAAUACUUUGACUCGGGUGACUACAACAUGGCUAAAGCGAAGAUAAAGAACAAACAGUUGCCGACAGCUGCACCGGAGAAGGCCGAGAUCACAGGGGACCACAUCCCCACCCCCCAGGACCUGCCCCAGAGGAAACCCUCUCUGGUGGCCAGUAAACUAGCAGGCUGAUGUGUACGCAACCUCAACGGCCCCUGCAGCACCCCUCAGCCCUAACCCUGUCCACUCAACGUCUCAGAGCUGUAACAUUACCUCUCCCACCCUUUACAUUACCACCCUGCGUCUGCCCCCCUCCACACCAGCCUGGACCCCGCCCAACUGGAACCCACACCUAGCACCCAGCGGACUGGCUAGCUGAUACCUUCAAAUCCUGUUUAUUUUUGUUUCGACCCCGUCUGCCCCUGUCUCUCCUCUCCCCCCUAUUCUUGUUUCUGUCCCUUGGUACUCCUCCCAACUGACUGCCCUUCUGUCAUUCUCCUCUUACUUUUCCCUCUCCUUUCAUAUUUUAUUUCUUUACUUCUAUGUAAGAUACACUGAAUGACAGGACAUCCGAGUGUGAGUGCGAUGAGUGGUCUGUGAUGCUUCUGUAUGACGGAUGGACAAUGCAUACGUCUGUGUUUACUGGCUGAAGAGAGGGGCGAGCAGUAGAAGCUGCACCUCGCAUGGUUGGAGAGCUUAAGUACGGUGGUCAUGAUCCCUCAGUCUGCAAGUGUGUGUGUGUGUGCGUGUGUGUGUCUAUAUAUAUACAUAUAUAUAUAUUUCUUUUUGUUUGCCACAGGGGCAGGCGUCAGCCUUUUAGAACGUUUUACAUCAGAUUUGUAUUAUUCACUGUAUGUCCUUAUUCUAAAUUAUGCUGUCAAUAUGCUUGAGUGACUGACUGAAUAUAGUAAUCCAGAGGCCAAGUUCAGUUUUGUUAACACUUUGAUUGUGUCCGUAUUAAAGGACCACACAGUAAGGGCCAGAGUGUCAUAUGGAACUGCAUGUGUGACGCAGGGCUCCCAAAGGCGAACCUCAUUGCGCUCUAUUUUAAUUCAUUAAGAUGCACUAAGCAGACAUUUAAGCAGAUGCUGAAAAGCUUGGGUGAAGCGUAAAAGCACUGGGAAGGCAGGUGGAUGAUUCAUUCAAGACGUCUAGGAACUGGGAAAUGUUCUCCUUUCGAGAGUGAAAGACGAGAGAAGGGCGUUGUUGCUUCAGACUGAACUGCAGUGUUGAAAGUUUGCGCUGUGUUCACGGUGCGCCGUUUCAUUUCGGCCUCUGAUGGCGGCGCAGUCCUCUCCCUGGGUCAGAGUUGUCAUGAAUGAAUCAUGCUCAAAGAGGGGUAGAGGGGUAUACGGGACCUGAAAGCUAAAUUCCUGUCAGUGGGGACCAGUGUUUGCGUCCUGUAUGCUGUGUGAGUAUAAAUCUGUGGUUAAAAAUAAAUUGUACUGGGAACAAAUAGUGUAAUAACUUGGGGGGAAAAGAAAUCCUUGUGUAAUCAUAAGUUGAAGUAGUUUUAUCUUAAAAUUGUCCUCGGCCCUGUGUAGUGCUUUUCCAGGGUCUUUACUGAUUGGAUGAAAUUUACCUGUGAUGGUGGUAAAUGGAAGCUAGCACUACAUCUGUCUGAGCUGUGCAUGUAUAUGGCUGCCCUGCUGUCACGUUGUGCCAUUUUGUUUUGUAAAUAAAAUAGUUUUGCACAAAUGUUUAA